AUAUAUAUAAUUCUGCAUCCUGCAAGCGUACAUUCAACAUUCCCCAUUAGCUUCAGCUUUCUAGCCACUUUCCACUUCUCGUGAAUGAAUCCCAGCCCUUCGUGAACGCUCCAUCGUUUCCUCGCCCCUCCUUCAGCUCCUGUUACACAGCGUUGCCCGGAGAAACCCUGCUAACAGUGGAGCUGGGCGGGUUCGGCUUCUGUCUUCAGUCUGUGCCUUCAGGCCACCGGGAUCCGCAGCACCCGGGAGCAACGCAGGUCCCUGAUGUCCAACUGCAGAGGAGCAGAUUCGGGCUCCCCGGUCCCGGAGCUGAUCGAUGUCAACAGUAACCGUGCGCUGCGCUCACUCGCAUGGACCGGUUCCUCGGCCGCCGGUCGCUAUGUGCCCGAGCUUCAAGAGCAACUCAAUGCAAUGAAGCGGCAACUGACCGAGAAGGAAGAGAUAAUUGCCACCCUGACUACUGGGAGGAGUCGGAGCCGAAUGGAGACUCACAAGGGGACGUUUGAGCCUUUGGUGGAAUUUCCUGCUUCACGUGAAGAACUGAAUCACCAUCGGGUGGCAUCUGAAACUGCUCGCUCUGAGCUGGCUGCCUUGCAGAUCAAAUACAAGAGCAGUCAGGCUGAGCUUACAGAUACUUGCAUGAGUCUUUCGUCCCGAGAGGGCUACAUCCAGGAACUGAAGGCAGAGAUUGAAAGCUACAAGGCAGACAACACAAGACAGGCAUCUCUAAUUGUUUGCUUGAGGGGAAGGAUCCUGGAAUCCGAGGAAGAAUCCGGAGCACUUCUCACAUCAAAGACUCGAGCAGAAUUAACUCUGCAAGGUUUGCAGAAUGAGAACAGGGAUCUCCAGCAGAGGAAUACAGAGUUGGAGAAGAAACUCAGAAUACUACUGACAGAGCAGGACGAAGUCAAGCAACAGGACCACAGGAGAGUGAAACAGUAUGAUGAGUUUCUGAUGAAGCUCACCCAUGCCGUUAAUAUGGAUUGUGGAGGAGCAGAUCUGGAUUUCCUUGUGUCACAGAUCGGAGAGUUUUACCAGGGAAGCAGCAGGAAAAGUUCCCAGAUUACGAACCUUGAGGAGGCCAUUAGUGCCCAUGACAUGGAGUCGAAGGCAAGCCGAGAAACCAUCAUGAGACUCGUGUCUGAGCUGGGGAGGGAGCAGAAAGCUGUGGCAUCUUACGCACAGGAAUUUGAGACCCUUCGUAAGGAAAUAGAGAACACCAGGAAUGAUAGGCAGCUCGUUGAAAGAGGAAACAGGAUCUUGCAGGACAGGCUGGAUGCAAAACACCGAGCUUGCGAAUCUUCGAAGCUAGAGUUAAUACGGUGGGAGCAACGUUGCAAGGAGCUGGAUGGAGGCCUGCUGACCAGUGUGUCGGAUGCCAAAGCAGUUAAAGGCCAUUUGGAUGCAUUCAAACAUCAGCUGGCCUCUCUGCUCAACAAAGCAAAUGUAGUCGUUCAGCCCACUGAAGAAGCGAUCCGGGAAAGAAUCUGUCAACUUUGUGACAGCGAAGAAAACAUGAGGAUGGCCGUGUCGCAGCUGGAAGAGAACGGGAGCAAGCUGACAGUGCAACUGGAGAGGCAGGUGGACCUGCACCAAGCAGCAGUGCAGCGCUCCACCAAGGCCGAGCAAAGGCUGUCGGAGCUGCAGGACCGAGUGCAGUACCUGGAGGGACGCCUGCUGGAUGGGGACGUGUUUCGUGAUGCUCUGAGCCAGGACAAACAGAAAUAUCUGAAGUUUCUGGAGCAAAUAGCAGAGAAAAUGAAGCUGCAUCAGAUGACGUCAGAGAUUGGGUUCGAUAUGCAACUCGACGCGAUUUUUGCUCGAGCCGAUCAGCUGGUUAAAAUGGAGAGUGAAGCCAUUGUUGAAAACAAGACUCUAACAUACAACCUGAGAAGGAAGCUUAAAGCACAGAAAGAGAGGUUGGAGAGCAAAGAGCUGCACAUGGACCUGCUGAGGAAAAAAGUUACCCAACUGGAUGUGGAGAAACAGACCCAAACUGCACUGGCAGUGGAGAGGGAUGAAGCUAACUUUACUGUGAGGAAACUGCAGAAAAAAGUGGAACGACUUGAGAAGGAGCUGCAGUCAGCACACUGCUACAGCAUGGACCUGCGAGCAAAGCUGUCUGACACUCAUGAGCUCAAGAUUAAAACGCUGGAGCAAAACAAAACAAUCGGGGAUCUGAAUAAAUCUGUGAAGAAGCUGGAGAAGUUAAAACAUGAGGCCACAGCAAAGCUCGGCAACACCAAGUCAGAGCUGAGUUUCACCGAGUUUGAGGCCAGGGAGGAAAAAGACCGAGCCCGGAACAUAUUGGAGGCUGUUAGCAGUGAGCUUAAGACUCUAAAACAAACCCUGGAAGAAUUGGCCCAAAGGGAGAGACAGCUGGUGAAUUUCAGGGACGUUGUCUCACGGAUACUGGGCUUGAACGUUCAUGCUCUUGCACUUCCUGACUAUGAGAUAAUAAAACGCCUUGAGAUGCUUGCCCAAGCUCACCAUUCUUCAGCAGUGACUGCACUGCAGCUCGAGAACUCCAUGGACAAGCUAAACCAAGGCUAUGCAGCAGGACGCGAGGCCAGGCAAAGAUUGGCUGCUGAUCUGAACCACCCAGGCCCCAUGCGAAUGACACCAAUGCCACCAAGGAGACUGAAGAGCGCCUCAUCAUGAGAAGCUUUCACCAUCUGAGUUAUCAUCAACAUUGGAAUGGUAGUGUGCAGAGUCUGAAUAGCAAUCAUAGUAAUUAUUUCAAAAUAUUGUCACCUUUCCGAAGUUCUUGGGAUGGCCUGCUAGUCUGAGACAGACUGUGCUGAUGUUGGUGGUAUUCAGAAGGUUGUGAGUUCAAGUCCCACUCCUGAGGCUUGAGCACACCAUCUAGACCAGGGGUUCCCAACCUUUUUCGUCCCGGUUACCCAUGGCAAUUUUAAUAGCACAUUACAAUGUUAUUUCGCUUAUUUAUGAACAACUAAUGAUGAACAGAUAUACCAGAACCAAAUACAGUCUGCCAAUGAGAAAAAAAUAUGUACAAAUCCAGAAUCAUUAAAUUUACCCUCUGGGUCGGCGAAAUUGACCCCCUGGGGUAGAGAUGCAGGUGGGAGGCAGGUAAAUUUACCCCAGGUUGGGAACCCUUGAUCUAGACUGAAGCUCCCAGGUGCCGAACUCGGAGGUUGCUGAGGUGCUGGAGUUUCAUUCUGUCUAACGAGAUAUUAAAUUAAUGCACAGUUUGCUCUCCACAAAGGACGUAGAGGUUGUCUGACAUUCUUCUGAAGAACAGGAGGACUUUCCAGAUCAAUAACUAUCCCUCGAGUAGAUCAGUAGAACCGUUCACUUCUUUACUGUUUGCAAGCUGUUGACAUGUGGAAAUUAGCUGCUGUCAGUAGUCAGUGAAUGAAUGCCUUUCAAAUGAUUCCCUGUGAGGCACAAGAUGCUCAAACGUGGCGGAUGAAUUCACUUUCCUCCUUCCCUUUCUAAAGGGCCAUCCCUCCUCUCCACAGCUCCAUCCCCACGGAGAUGUUGGCAAAGUCUGAGCAGAAAGGAGAAAGAUUCAGGUGGGAGAUCACAGCAGAAGUGAACAAAUUGUCCUCAUCCUCAACAAAUUCCCCUUUUGACUCCUCUCACUUUAUUCAACGUAAAGGUGUGGUCAUGGGCACUCGCAUGGGCCCCAGCUGUGCCUGCCUCUUUGUUGGUUACGUCCAACGGUCCUUGUUCCAAAGGUACUCUUUCUCCACUGCAACGAUGACUGCAUUGGGGCUGCCUCCUUGCAGAACUCGUCAAUUUCAUCACCUUUUUUACCAUCAACUUACACCCUUCCCUCAAAUUCACUUUGAUUAUCCCUGACACCUCUCUCUCUCUCCCCUUUCUUGACCUCUCUGUCUUAAUCACAGGGACAGACUAUAGACUGAUGUCUGCUAUAAACCCACUGACUCACACAGUUAUCUGGACUGACCCUCCUCCCACCCUGCCUCUGGCGAAGACGCCAUCCCCUAUUCUCAAAUUCUUUGUCUCCGUUGCAUCUACGCCCAAGGUAAGGAUGCCCCACUCUGGGAUAUUUGUCCUCUUUUGAAAUUAACCCUGCUGUCGUUGAUGGAUUUCUCACCCACGUCACCUCUGUGUCCGGCAGUUCUAUUGUGGUUCCCUCUCCCCCCUGAUGGAAUACAUAAUUCUUUGGCAUUUCUACCAACGCAUCAUUCUUUGACGUUUAGCCAAUGUGAUCCCACCACCAGUCACCUCUUCCCACCACAUUGCUUUUCGCAGAGACCAUUCCCUCUACAACUCCUUGGCUCACUGAUCCCUUCCCAACAAAUCUCCCCAUCCACUCCGACCAGGUACUUUCCUCCGGUACACCACAUGAGUUGUCCCUACACCUCCUCUCUCACAUCCAUCCAGUGACCCCAACAACACUGGCAGGUGAGACAUAGGUUCCCUCUAAAACCCCAUAUACUGCAUUCAGUGCUCUCGAUGUGCCCUCAUUUACAAUGGCGAGAUCAAACAUUCGGUC